AUGAAUACUUAAAUUUAGUAAGAUGAUUAUUUUAGUAAAAUCGACAUUGACUAGGAUUACAAAUAACUUCAGCAGCCAAGUUAAUAACCAGAAAUAAAAUAAAAAAGACAAUCUCGCAAAGCAGGAAAGCAAAAUAGUAAAAUACUUAACAGUCAUUAAAUAGCAAAGGAAGAAAUAAAUUAAAUAAAUCUACCCAUCUAUGAGAUGAAUGAAGAUGUGAUUAAUUAUUAUCAGCCCGCUUAUGAUGGCGAUAAGAUCUAGCUAGAAGGUGUUGAAAAUGAAAUAGUUUUUUCUAGCUAGGGAGACAACAGAAUCGAUUAUCAGGACUAUCAUCAGCAAUAUUCUCAUUAGGGAGUAAUUGAACCUACCAAAUAAUAUAACAAUUUUAAUUAACAAAUUUACAUGAACCAUCCAACUGCUGCGAAUACUCCCUACAUAGAUAACAAUUAAAUAGGUUUAAUAAAUAAUUAUGAUACAUAGAGAAAUCCAAUCUAUCUGGAUAAUACUAACAACCAGUACUAUCCGUAUUAGCAAAAUUAAGUAGAGAUAUCUGAAAACAUUACAGCCUAAGAAAAUAUUUACCCUAACAAUCAACUAUUAGACACAUUUGCUAGUCCAGCCCCACCUUAGCUCCAGACAGCAGCAUCUGGCAAACAAAAAAAGCCCAGAAACUCAAAUAGCAAGAGUAGCCAAAACACGCAAGAGAAUCCAAAGGCAACAAGCAAUACAAAAAAAGGGAAGAAAGGAAAUAAUGACAAAAUCUAACAAGAAAUAAUAUAAGAAAACAUAGAAUAUAAUGAAAUAAAUAAAAUUUAGGAAAAAGAAUAGGAAUAGAUAGAUCAAGUAGGGAAUAUGAAUAUUUUGAAUAAGCAAGACUUUUAAGUUGCUAAUUAAUACGACCAAAUUGAUAAUAAUAUUAAUCAGCAUAUACCCUAGAAUCAAAAGAGGAAAUCUUAAUCAACUCAGCAGCCAAAGGAAUAAAAAAGCAUUUCAAAUAUAAAUAUUGAAACAUCAUAAAAUCUUUUAACUAUAAAGAUGAAUAAAAAAAGUCUUCCUUAGCCAUAGCCAUUAGAAAAUUAGUAAAAUGAAUAACUCUAUCUUCAAAAUGAUAAAAAUAAAUUUUAAAUUUAAAAUAUAAUGCACAAUGAUAGCAACUCAAGUCUUAAUACAAAUAAUCAAUAGAUUCACAAUAAUAUUCAUCAUCUACAUUAAAAUCAACAACAACAACAACAAUAAUAAUAACAAUAAUAGCAACAACAACAACAACAAAAUCUUAUGUAUAAUUAAUAACAAAAUGAAAAUGAUAUAUGCAAUUAAGAAAUAUAGUAAAUAGAUUAACAAAACUAAAAGUAUUUAGUUUAACAACAAUAAUUUUUAUAUAGCAAUUAAAAUUAGCAAUAUAUCUAGGGACAUGGUAUUGCUAAUUAAGCCUACACAUUUGUUUCAAAUGAAGCUCUAGGAUUUGAGAAAAAUGUGGAACAAGAAAAUUAUCAAAAAGAGGAAUAGUAAUAAUAAAUUUAUGAAUAUAACAAUUAAGAUUAGCUUGAAAAUUAAGAGAAUAUUGCUGAUUAAAAUUAUCCUGCUACCACUGAUAAUAUGCAAAUUUAAACUUCUUAGUAGAACACAGGUAAGAAAAAGUAUUAGAAAAAAAAUGCUAAAAAUACAGAAAACCCAACAGAGGCUCCUCCUAAAAAGCAGAGGGAAAAGAAAUAAAGUAAUUCAGAUAAAUCGAAUACCACAACUGCUUCUUCAUCUACUACAACGGCCUCCAUUUUAAAUUAAAAUUACGUUGAAUAACAAUCUAAGUACGAUAAUGAUAAAUAAGUUGUAAAUGAAAAUUUCAAUCUACAAAAUUUAUAAAUUGAAUAAGAAAAUAAUAAGAUUUAAAUUUCUAGCAAUUUGUAAGAUGAACAAAUAUAACCAAGUUUAGAAGGUGAAAUGUUAAAGCAAACUUCUAAGCAAUAAAAAGAAACUAAAAAAAGGGCUCCUAGUAAAAAGAAAACCAAAGCUAACUAAAAAAUAGUUGAAGAACAAGCAUAAGAAGAAAAGUAAGAAGAUUUUCCUAAUUAGGAAUAACAGGUUGAUGAAAUAAUAAAUUAACAAAUAUAAGCAGAGUAGCAACAACAUAUGGAGAUUACUCACUAAUAAAAUAUAUUUUCUGAAAGCAACUUAAUUGAAAAUUUGUAAAAAAAGCUAACUAAUGAGCAAUAUAAAAUGGAUGAAAUGUGGAAUAAUAAAAAUGUUUACAUGUAUUAAUAGCCUUAAAAUAAUAUGAAUUAAAUUUACUAACAUGAUCAUUUAGGUUUGUAGCAGUUAGAAUAAAAUUAAAUAUAAAAUUAAGGGUAGCAUUUAGAUGAACAAGUGAAUAUGAAUAAUAUAUAAAAGUUCCAUAACGAUUAGAUUAAUUAACAAUAAUUGUAGCAUUUAGGCAAUCCUUCUAUUAAAUUAUCUCAAAAAGAUACCUAUUCCAAAGAUUAAAGUAAAUAAAAUAUGAUGAAAUAAUUUUUAGAUUAAGAUGAAGACUAAUUGAAGCAACCUCCUUUUGAAUUAGAACUUGUUACAGUUUAAGCCAAUAAUUUUUCUCAAUCAUUCAAAUAAAUAGAAAAUGAAGAUGAUAUUUCCAAUAAGCAACAAUCCUUUGCUAUGCCUGAAAAGUUAACAAAAAAAAAGAGUUCAAAGGAGUAAGCAAAGGAUUCAAACAGGAAAAGAAAAGCAGCUAAUUCUAUUGCAGCUAUGGUAACUAACAACAACAAUAGUAAUAGCGAACAUGAUAAUUAGUAGUUUGAUGACAACAUGCAAAACAACAUAAAUCCUAUUCCUCCUGCACCUGUAGCAAUAACAAAAGAAAAAAGUGUUAAUGAAAAAAAAAGAGGAAUACGUGAUUUAACUACCGAAGAAAAAUGGGAUGUAUUUUAAUAAUAUGACAAGCUUAAGAGUUACAGAGGAGUUGGUAGACAAUUUAAUAUGGAUCAUUCUACUGUUAAACUUUUAGUUAAUAGAAUUUAAAAUGAAAAACCUAACGAAGUUAUCACUAAAGAAAUUUUCUUGUAGAGUUAAAUUGCAUAGUAGAGUUCUGAAAAUUCUGUUUCUAAAAAACUCAAAAAAGAGAAGUUGAUGCAAGAAACUUAAUAAAAUGCUAAUAGCUAGCCUUAAUAGCAGAAGCUCUAAAGAUCUUAAUCAAAAACAGAGAAAAAAAAAGAAAGAUAAAUGUCUUAAGAAAAUAUUACUUAGGAAUAGGAAAAUAUUAAAUAAGAAGAUUAGAUUAAUUUGUUUGACAAUAGCUAGCAGUAAAAGGCAAAUGAGAUUCAUAAUAGUUUUUAGAAUAUGGAAAACGUUUAAAGUAGUAAUAUUCAAGAUUCUCUGAUAAAAGUUGAAGAGAAAAUUGAAAAUGUUUAAGAAUAGUAAGAGCAAAUGCCUGAGCCUGUUAUUGUUAAAUCAAAAUCCAGGAAGGAAUCUUCAAGAAAAUCUACAAAUUCUAAACGUAGAAACUCAGCAGCACCAGUAAAAUCUCAAUCAGAAAUAAUAAAUAAUGGAAACGAAGUCAUUCCUUAAUAAAAUCAGAUGAUGUCUGAAUAAUUGGAUUAUUAGUACAACUAGCAAGGCAACAUGAUGCAUAACAUUCAUAAUGAUUAAAUGUAGUUAGAAUAAGUUUAAUAAAAUAUUUGCAGUGAUAAAUUGAAUCAAGAUAUAAAAUUUGAAUAGGAGUAGUACGAAGGAGGAAACUCUCACAACUAUGAAAUGUAUCAAAUAAAUAACACUGAAAAUUUAAUCAACUAUUAAGAUCAAAAUAUGCAAGAUAAAAGCUACCUUCCAAUCCAUUAAUAAUAAUAUAACCAUUAAAAUAUUCAUCUUCAAUAAAAUAUCUAUAGAGAUAUAAAUGAUGAAAAUAAAAAUGGUAAUCACUUAAACCUUCAAAUGCAGUAAUAAGAUUUAGAGCCCGAUUAAAAUUAAAUGCCACCUUCCAUGCCUGAGUUAAAUGUUAAAAGUAAAAGUAGCGUGAAAAUGACAGCAGAAGAGAAAAAAGCAAAGAAAGAUUUGAAAAAACAAAUUUAAGAAUAGUAAAAAGCAUAAGCAAAAUUGGAAAAACCCCCAAAAGCUAAGAAAGGUAAAGGAAAAUGGUAGUAAGAAUAGCAAGUACAAAUUUAAGAAUAUAGACAAGAAGACUAAAACUACUAGCAAAAUAUUUACGAUUAAAAUAUAUAAUUCAACGGUUAUGAAAACUAUAACAUUUACCCGAGCUUUGAUCCUAACAUGAAUUACAUACCAUAAAAUUAUCAGUUCCCUGAUUACCAAAAUUAUCAACCUAAAUACGAAGAUGAUUAUGAUCUUAAUAUGGAGAAUCUUGAAAUAAAUAACCCAACUCACCAAUAAUAAUAAAAUAACCCAUAGUCCUAUGACAAUGAUGAAAUCAAACUUGAACUUUUGUGA